GUGAGCGAGGCGGGGGGAAGCAUCACACACACACAGUUCGUUGUAAUUCCAGCAAGAUGAGAAACGCAGUUGCUCUCUUCCUUCUCGGCUUGGCCACUACCGGACUGGCACAGGAGGCCGCCGGAGACUUCGAGUAUGAAGACUUCCUGUGCCCCAAGGACUAUGGGUUCUUCCCUCACCCCACCCAGUGCGACGCCUACUGGAGCUGCGACGAGGGGAAGCCAGAGUUCCGCCUGUGUGGUAACGGCCUCGCAUUUGAUAUCAAGAACGACACCCGCGAGAACUGCAACUAUUUCUUCGCUGUGGACUGCUCCGACCGUCCCGAGCUGGAGCCCGCCAUCUCCACCCCACACUGUCCCAAUCUCUUCGGUAUCUUCGCUGACCCCGACGACUGCUCCGUCUUCUGGUCCUGCUGGGACGGUGAGUCCUCUAGGUACGCCUGUGCCCCUGGCCUCGCCUACGACAGGAAGUCACGUGUGUGCAACUGGAUGGACAACAUCCCUGAGUGCAAAGAGCAGAGAGAAGCCAUGCAGGACAACUUCGUGUGUCCCGCCCCAGGUGAGCUGGCCGCCACCGGCUCCUUCUCCCGCCACGCCCACCCUGAAGACUGCCGUGAGUACUUCGUGUGUCUGGAUGGCAUAGCUCGUGAGUAUGGCUGCCCCAUCGGCACAGUCUUCCAGAUCGGCAACCAAGACGGCUUCGGUCAGUGCGCCGACCCAGAGACUGUCCCCGGCUGCGAGGACUACUACGGCGACCUGGACCUGUCCAGCCUGAGGAAGAGUCAGCUCCUGCUGGGUAACUUGGGGCUGCAGAACGGUAACAUCGUGACCCCAGCCCCCCGUCCCCGCCGGCCAGUCGCUGCCCCAUCUGACGUCCCAGCAGAAGCCUAGACGACACCAGCGAGGACUACUACGGUGAUCUUGACCUGAGAACGCUUCGUGGACUUGGCUUGUAGAGUCUUAAGAUAAAUAAUAAUAGUAUAGACAUUAAAACUCUACUGAAUUAGAUCAAUCGAAUUUGAGGUUUAAUGUUUUAUCAAUUCGAGGUAGAUUUGAUUGAUAAUAAUUUCCCCAUCGUUAUAAUCAAUGUUCAAAUAUUACCCUCACCCUAGUUAUUGUGUCACGAUAAUUCUUUAUUUUGAAAGAUAAAAGCUGUGACCAGCUUUGAUAAUAAUACAAAGCCUAUUUUUUUUUCUACCAUUUAAUUUUUAUCAUCUUCAUUCAUCGUCAAACCCGAAGCUUCACUUACAUUGCCGACUGAACCCCCCAAACCCUCCCUCCUCACUGAACCAUUGGACACUCCUCAUUGAUCAGGACUCUUAUUUUCAUUUUAUAGGUGUCGGCAGCAAAACCACAUCAUAUAAACAGGAUUAUUAUGUCAGUAUGUUUAUUAUUGUGAGUGUAUCGUUGCUGACUAAACGUUAAAUCUCUGUAUGAUAACUCCAGUCUGUACGUUAAUUUCAUAUCUCUGUACGAUAACUCCUCACUCACAAGGUCCACCACCACUCCCCUGGCUGCAUUAUCUUCUUUCGUGUCUUGUGUAAGCCGAGUACGGCAUGUGUCUGUUGUAUAUUGUUAAGUUGUACAAUAUUAUUAAGUAUUUUGUAAAUAAAAUACUCCAAUAAGAA